GGUUACUGUAAUUAUUCGAUAAGGAAAUUCCUCUUCGUAGCUCUGGCUUGUGCAAGCGUUAUCUAAAGCAAGGUUUGUUAGACUUAUCUUCUCGUGAAAAUCAUGGUACAGUUCUGCAGUAGUUUACCACUCUAAAUCCAAGCUCGCUUUUGAGUUACGAUCCCACGUGCGAAUAUCGCAAUUUCAUUCUUUUGAUUUCACUGAUUACCAGUGUUGUUUGUUUAUGUGUUUUAGUUUGAAUAUGUGAAACACAGAUUUAUAUUCUUCUUCAGCGUUUAAUUCCGUCUGCACGACGCUGUAACUGCAAUAUGAUGCUUCUACAUAUAUAAGUACCCUUACUUGAGCCUUUUGCAGCAAGAGAACUGGUUGUAGAGGAACUGCAUAUACAGUGUGUGACGAACUCGUUUGCCUUCAACUCGUGAUUUAAAUACUUCUUUCGUUGUUCUUCGACAUAAUGCGUGGGUUAUUACCUGCUGGUAAACCCCAAGGAAGUGCAAUCUCUCGGUUAAAUAAUCAAUCAAUUCUUAGAACUUACCUUCUACAUUUUAUUCAACAUUUUUCAUGUUUUGUUCCUUUCCAUUAGCUAUAUAAAGAGAUCAAAAAAGCUCACUGUCAAAUGGGUGACGUUCAUUGCUUGUUGGUGAUGAUCCUUGUCCUGUAUUUUCCCUUACGUGUUAAAACUGGUGCCUUAAAGAAUGGCGAUAUAAGCAGUGAUGUUACAACCAAGAAAACCGAUCCUUUCAAGGCCGUAGAUAUGAUCAACUUAUUCAGGUGAAGUGCACUCUAGUGUAUACUCAAAUUUGAAAAAGAUUUUGAUGUUUAUUUUUCUUGUUAUUCCUCAUUUGGAGAAAGGUUAAAGUUACUUCAAAUUGGUUCGUUCAGGUUUAGAACUUCUUAUUUCAUAUCUAACUAAAUGGGUAUCUUCAACGAUGACCAAGAACUGGGACGGCUAAAGUACUAAGAAUAUUUGUUGACUUCAAAGUUCAGAAGGCCGUAAUAACAAAAACCGUGUAAAUAAUAUUUUUCUAUGUCGUGAAUUGUCCGAAUUAUUCUCAGUAUUCGAGGCUUUUCACGGUUGAGAAGAUUUUCCCGCAAAACGUUAAUGCAUGGGCGAGAACAAAAUUCUCAGAGCAAACAAGAACAAUUUCCACGAAUGAAAGAUAUCUCAACCCAAAGAAAACGAUUCGGCUCCAGAAAAAACACUCCAAUCGAUGCAUACAUGUAUUAUUUUCCAAGUUUUCAAAUUCACGUUAUGCUGCAUUGACAUAGGAAUCCCAAUGAAAUCUAGGCUAAUUUAAAAUUGCAAUGCUUUUCACCGUUUAUUGACUGCUUUGUUUAACUGUUGAAAUUUCCUGAGUAUUCAAGUCCUUUCCUCUCAUCGGUUUGUCUCGCUUUUAGUGUUUAUGCUAAGUAUACAUUCAUCUCUGUUUUACUCUUGUAUAGAUCUUCAAACUUCCCCGAAAGGAGAAAAUUAAUACAAAGAAAAGCAAAAAAGAAAUUUGCCAAAACUCUCAGAAGGAACGAUAGCACAGGUUGUUCGAGCGAAACCGAAAGUUCGGACUACUCCGACAACAAUUUCGAAACUUCGGAAUACGUCGACGAUGUUUACGACAAUCGAUUCAAUUCGGAUGGUUCAGAUGACCCCAAAAAGUCUGGAGGAUCGGGCACGGACUCUGAGAGGUGCUGUAAUGGAUAUCCGUAUUAUGAUCCAAACGACUCGGAUUACUAAGAGAGACAACACGUUUUGUGUCUUAUUAACGCUAUCAUUUUUUUUUUUUCAUACGACAGAAAUCUUGUUCCUUUGUUUUGCGUCAGUGUGUUUAUCUAACCCUUAAAAAAUUAGCUUUGAUCUACACGCUUCAGUUACACGAUAUUAAAUUUUGGCGCCUCCUAUGAAGCGAUCUUUUGCUCUUGGUUUUUGUAGGUGGAAGAUUGUUGGUUGUGUAGGGAUUAAUAAACAUGUCACGAUAAUAUCUAGAUCUGGCUGAGGUUGUUUUUGUUUCUAAGCUCUUUUUUCCCGUUUUUAUAAACAAAUGAAAUAUGGGCUGUUGCGAGGGGAUCGAAUCUCUUGUAACAUCCCUUUUAUUCAAAUUACGUAUCAUAAACCAUAUAUACUUGAAAAUUCAAAGGC